AUGACAGAUGAUGACAAAGUUACAUAUCCUGCAUUUUCAAAGGUUUUUGGUCAAGAUGUUAAGCAUCUUUUAUGUUCGUGGCACGUACGCCAAAGUUGGUUCCGGCAACUAAAUUCUAAAGUGGUAGAUAAGGAAGUGCGACAAAAAAUGCUAGGAGAAUUAACAAAAAUAUUACAUGAAAGAAACCAGAUCACUUUUCAUGAUCAAAUAAGUAAGUUUUUGAAUGACUAUUCUAGGAAAAGUAGAGAUUUUAUUGAAUAUUUUUCUGAAAAUUAUAAAAAUAGAUUAGAGGAAUGGGCUUUGUGUUAUCGGAACUUUCCACAUGCAUUUACUGAUACUAACAUGUACUGUGAAUCUUUUCACAAUCAGUUGAAAACUGUUUAUUUUAAGCGGAGACAUAAUAGACGAUUAGAUAUUUUAAUUUCUACACUUCUGACAAUUGAGAAAGAUAAAUAUUUAAAUCAUACCUAUAAAUUAUACACUAAUGUAUCUCCCAGAAAUUCCAUUUCUUGUUUAAGUAGGCAUCAGAGAGGACUAAAAAUUAGGGACAGUGAUGUAAAUAAAUGCUCUGAUACUUCUUGGACUGUUUGUUCUCAGACAAAAAAUAAAAUAUAUACUGUGCAGCGUCUUUUUGAAAUUUGUCCGUGUCAGGAUUUUUGCUUUUAUAGAUGCCCUAAAGUAUCAUGUGUCUCAUUGUGUAGUCACUUGUAUCACUGCAAUUGCUUAGAUAAAUUGCUGUGCAAACAUAUACAUAAAGUGCAUUCAUUCCUUAAUAGACAAAAUGAUUGGGUGUUUAAUCCCUCGGGGAUUAAUCUUGAAUCGAAUCAGAAAUGCAAUGAAAGUAUGAAAUCAAUAAAUGUGUAUUCUGUUAAUCAUUACAAUCCACAAAGUAUUGAACAGAGAGUAAAUGCAUGUGAAAAGCUUGUAGAAGAAUUACUGCAAUUAAUAAGACAACCAAAAGUCCAAAAUGUCAUGUUAAAGUGUGUUCAUACAACAUUAAAUUCAUUAGUUUCAGAAUGUAGAGGAAUUUUAAACUCGAAUGAAAAUUCAAGAGCAGUUUCAAGUGCAUCAUGUCCAGUUUCACCAAAUCAAAAACUUAACCCACAAUUGUUUAAAACUUCUAAAAAGAGAAAAUUACAGAAAUGUCAGCAGAAUAAGAAUCAAGAUUUUAAUGAUAAUGUAGAUGACCCAGAAAAUAAAUGA